AUGAAACUCCUUGUGCUGGCUGCUCUGCUCACAGACGCGGGCGGACCUGCUGCCCCGCACCUGCUCCUGCCUCAGCCCUUCCCCCUCCUCCACCCCAGGUGCUGCCAGACACACGACCGCUGCUACGACCAAGCCAAGAAGCUGGACACCUGCAAAUUCCUCCUGGACAACCCCUACACCAAAAGCUACUCAUACAAGUGCUCGGGCUCGGAGAUCAUCUGCAGCAGCAAAAACAAACCCUGCCAGGCCUUCAUCUGCGAAUGCGACCGCAAAGCUGCCAUCUGCUUUUCCAAGGCCCCUUACAACAAGGAGCACAAGAACCUCAACACCAAGAAGUUCUGUCAGGACUGAGCGCCGCCCGCCGCUGUACCGCCCUGUCCCUGUGGCUGUCGCCUUACACUGCGCCUGCCCCCCAGUAAAGCACUUUGUUGAAAGGC